GUUACACCAGAAGACUUCCGGAUGGAUAGUUCAUGUUAUGAAGUAACGAACUGCUGGAAGCACUUAAAACCAAAUACAGUACGUUAAAUGCAAAGUGUGUGCUCAGUAGGGACAAAUAGGUCAAAUGGAUACAAAUGUUGUGUUAGCGGAAUCUGAGGAGAUUGACUGGGGAGGAGGUAGAGCUGAAGACGGGAAGACCAUGAACAAUACCAAAACCUUAUCAAGUAAUGUCCACACCGGUCUUCCUAAUCCACUUACAGAUCCUGUGAAAUGUUCUCAGAUAAAAGGAAACUAUCUCUACUUCCAUUAUGGCUGUGAUGGACAAGAUGACAGGGGCUGGGGAUGUGGCUACCGCACCGUUCAGACAAUGGCUUCCUGGCUUUCCCGUAACUGCUUUCCACUUAAUGACAAACACCAAGCUCCGCCAAGCCUCCCAGAAAUCCAGCAAGCCCUGGUCACCAUGGGGGACAAGCCGGGCUCGUUCUCGUGCUCCAGGGAGUGGAUAGGAACAUGUGAAGCCUCCCUGGUCCUUGACUGUUUCUACGAUGUCCCCUGUAAAUUGGUGCACGUCAGAGGUGGAGGGGCAGAGCUGGAGCACGUCGCAGUGGAAGAGCUCCAUCGGCACUUUGAGAAGCACGGAUCUCCCGUCAUGAUGGGAGGGGACAGGGACAACUCCUCUAAGGGGGUAGUAGGGGUGUGCACUGGGGACAAUGGGAGCUACUUGCUGGUCGUGGACCCUCACUACUAUGGAGGUCCGCUGGAGAAGACCGAGCUGCAGACGCGGGGGUGGGUGUCGUGGAAAAGGGUGUCGUCUCUGGACCAGUCUUCAUUUUAUAAUCUGUGUAUGCCUCAGACUGCCAACAAGGGAACAUAAACUAACCGACAGACAUAUUUCUGUAACUUACAAUUUCAUGAUUAUUGGUGAAGACGAGCUAUAGGAAGUGUCUUAUUAGGACAGACUUUGUGCUGCAUUUUCAGCAUUUAUAAUGAGCUGCAAUGCCAUCCUGUGGAUGAAAUCAAUGAUUACAACGUAUUUGAAGAACAUUGUGAUAAAAGAACUUGGAACAAUUUCUCCAUUGUUGCUCUUCAUUUUUUAAAUGUAAUUAAUCAUAAAUUAAAUUUCCCUCGAUGGUUUCUUUUGUAGCUUCAAACGUAAAUUGCUUUAGUUUGUAUUAAUUUUCAAACUCUCUAUGUGUGAGUUUGCAAAUUAAGGUCAAUCAUCAAGUCAUUUUUCAACCGAAUAUACUUAGAUUCUAUGGUUCCAGCUUCUCAAAUAUGAAGAUUUGUAGGUUUUCUUUGUCUUAAUUGAUGGUAAACUGAAUAUAUUUGACAUGUAGACCUAACGCUUAGUUGAGAAUAAUAAAGAGGAAUCUCAAUGAAAAUAAUCCUUAUAUGGACAUUUGGACUUCAGACACAGACUCCAAUCAAUUCCACAUUUUAUUGCUUACAAUAUAUAUUUAGAUUUGACAACACAUCUUAGAUCCAUGUAUGCUUUGAGUGUAAGAACCCUGUACCUCUCCGCAGUGCUAAAGUACAUUUCUAACAUACUUUAAACUUGAAUUACAACAAAGAUCACUUCAUCUCAGUUAUCUGGCACACAAUCACUGUAGAAUAUCUGGAAGUUCUUAUCCACAUCCAUCCUCCCCUUGAGAAAUUUCUCCAGGUUCUUGAGAGGAACUUCCACCAUGUGGUUGUUGACGCGAUCGUUCAGCCCGUAAGCUGCGAACACGGGGAACUUGUAGCGCACGAAGUACGGUGCGUUUUGGUCAAACUCCACGCAGCAGUAGGCCGACCACACGUACUCCGGUACGGCCACCCUGUCCAGGUUGUUGCGACGGAUCGUGUGCCCGGAGGUGGUGACCCCGGUGACCACAAAGGCUUUGCCUCGGCAGUAGUUGUUGAGACGUUUGCGGAUGAGGUCCUGGUGUUCGGCCCAGGGCCCUAUGUUGAACUCCCUGAUCUGGGGCACCACGUUGGUCAGGCUGUAGGUGGAGGCUUUGUCCAGAGGGUCAGCCUGAUGCUCGUCAGGGUUCAGCUGGCCACGUUCGUACUGAACCACAUCAGCGUAGUCCUCCAGGACUGCCUGGGUGUCCUCGAAGUUCAUGUGCAUGCU